AUGCCACCAACCACAAUAAUGCACCGCCGUUUGAAGCAGUGGCAGACAAAACGGCACAACCCGACCAAAUUCAAGAUGAAGCGACAUUCGUUGAACCUGUUGACGAUGCUGUUCAUUCUUGCCUUAUUGCCUUAUAGCUCGACGUCGAGUUUACCGAGUGGUGACCCCGCCCCGGGCCGGUCUCCGGGGCCACCCGAAGAAGCGAAUAUUACGAAAUCUGAUGAAAUAGAAGUAGAAGUGACCAGUGAACCAGAAUCGUAUGAUGAAACGACGACUGAAGAUACAGAGGUGACUACUGUUAGUGAAGUGGAACUUGGUGACGCGUGUGCCUUCGCUAGAACUCCGAGUGUUAGUGAAGAUAUCGUGACGGUUAGUGAGUUGGAUAGUGAUGUUAACCUGACGGUCAGUCACCCUGUGUUCGAUACUGAAGAGCUGGUGAGAGGAGUUGUCUAUGACGUUCACCUGCAGUUCGACGAUCCAACACUGAGGGACUACGUGCUAUACUCAGUCAUAGGAACGUUCAUUCGCGGCAACUUCACACCAACCAGUUACGCCGAACGCCCCUGCAGAGACGAGCAAACUGUACCUUACUUCAUACCAAAGCACAACGCAGAACGCUCGAAGCAUUUAAAAAAACACAAACAAGAAUCCAAAUUUUACUUUAGGCCGAAGUAUCGUAGUUAUAAUAGGGGAGAGAGAUCAGUGUAUAGACGUAUUGCGAAGAGUUUGAGGUAUAGGCGACGGUUUUCGCCAUCGCGGAUCGUGAGUGGCCCCCUGGAGGGUAGACGGACAGUUGUGAUGCAGUGGUCUAUCACGGAUGCAGUGCACUUAGAGAGUGAGGAAGCUAGUGUUGUUUUUAGGUUACGUUAUAGGAAGACAACAAGUGCCACCAUAUACCAAGUGUUCUUUACUAAGAUAUUAAGAUUAGAAUGUGCAAUAAAACUCCGAGCGGCGCGAGCGGGCCGCGUCCACUCGGGGCACGUCCCCCACCACGGGUGUCGCCUGCUGCUACCACCACUGUCACCCAAAAAUGCCCUCCUCGUCGACCUUCACAAGCUAAACGUCCCCUGCGCGUCUGGCUUCAUCAGGUUCGCCCCCAAUACCCCCACCCUUUGCGGGAAGCUGGAACAAGUACCCUUACCAAAUAGGAAGUUCCUUUAUCAGUUUGGAAUGAAGAAUCCUACGAUAGAACUCCAUGGCCGGCCCACGUUCGCCGCGACUUACCGCCUAGUAGACCAUUGCCACCAUGUCUUACUGGCGGAGAGGAACGGCUCGUUCGAAGUCGGACCAACGGUCAAACUCACCUGCUCUUACGAAAUCCACCUGCCUUAUGGCAACCGCGUCGCGUUGCGCCUCCAGAUGGGCACGGGACCAAUGAUAGCGAAGGAAAACGACAUAUCCAACGUAUUGCUGGAAGACGACAACGUCUUAUGCAAGGGAAUGGAAUUGACGCUGCAGGAUGGAGAUUCGAAUUGGAGACACUGUUCCCAACCUGGUGAUCCUUUGAGAAGUGUCCAGAUAAUUUCUGACAAAAAUUCUGUGAGGUUGAAUAUAAGUUUAAACGCGAAGAAGAAUGCUUCAGCUAUGUGGUUGAAGGCGUGGUGGAUGGAUAAGCAAAUUGACGAUUUGGUAGGGCAUUGUGACUAUGGAUGGGUGUCUUCGGGGGAUUUUUGCAUAUCAGCGUUCAGGGAGGCUAAGAAACCGUGGAGGCAGGCGGAGGCUGAAUGCGUCAGGCUUGGAGGACACCUUGCGAGUAUCCUGAAUGAGAGACAACAACAGACUGUGGAUCAGCUACUUUUACACGCUCCUGGUGCUGGUGUGGACGACGUGUACUGGAUCGGAGCCACCGACGCGGUCCACGAGGGAGAGUUCCGGUGGUCUGAUGGUCUACCCUUCUCCUAUGCGCACUGGUUCCCUGGUUGGCGUAAACACAGCAGUCAACCCAACGACGAUGGUACGUCAGGCCAGGACUGCGUGGAGGCGCGGCGUGAGUUCCCCCCGCGCCCGCCCCCCACCGACCCUACCUUCAUGUGGAACGAUAGAGGGUGCCGCGAGCAUAACUACUUCGUGUGCGAACGGCCUUCUGUUGACGACCCAUACACCGCAACGAAGAUCCAGUGCAACGAGACGAUAGUGCUAUCCCACUCGCACCCGCACAGCGUAGUGUCUUCUCCCGGCUUCCCGCGCUCGUACCCCGACGACGCGCACUGCGUGAGCCAGGUGCGCGCGCCGCGUGGGCACACGCUGCGCCUGCACAUAGAGGAGCUGCACACUGAACAUGAGCCGCAUUGCAGCUACGACUACCUGGAGAUCACAGAGCUGGGUUUGGAGAACAUCACAGACGAUGACUGGUUACAGGAACACCACGACACAUACGCCUCCGAGAACGAGGUCUGGGAGGAAACAGAAACCCUGCUCCCGGAAUCAGACGCAGUCAGUUCUGGCUGGAUCCGCGAGGGUCACUCCACGCACACGCGGCGGCUCUGCGGCGACUGGACUGGCAAGCUGAAGCUACUGCGCUACCAGUCCAGGAGUAACUGGCUGCGGCUGCGGUUCCGGUCUGACCACUCGAAGCACUUCCAGGGGUACCGCGCUAAAGUCACUGUUGCUGAUGCUCAAUCGUGUAUGGACGUGAAGCAAGUUCUUUUCAGCGGGCAUUGCUACCUAUUCGCCGGGUACCCGAAGGCUUCAUGGGCUACUGCUAAACAGAUGUGCGAAGGCCUCAACAUGCACCUAUCAUCCGUCCAUUCUGCCGACGAGGAACGAUUCAUAGUCUCCGGCAUACGACAGAGUAACGACUAUAGUGCUGGAUCAGUCUACUGGCUUGGAGCUCAACUAGUUAAGGGAGGAGACAACAUGACCUGGGUUGAUGGAAGUGAUCUGGAAUACCAAGGCUGGCCACCCUAUAACGACACUGAGCGGUUUGAUGACGCAUGUUUGGGUAUCCAGUGGAAGACUUCCCCAGUGCCGUCACAGCCGAGCGGCCUCUACUGGUCUCUCCACAAGUGCGCCAUGACCGGAGGUUACGUGUGCAAGCGCAGGCUGAACUCGGAGCAUGGCGUCACGAAUAUCACAGUUGAGGGUAGUUCAGGCGAGCUAACAAGUCCAAACCACCCGCGCAUGUACGACAACGAUCUGGACUACUGGGUGCACGUCACCGGCCCACCUGACACCAGGCUGGUGUUCGUCUUCCAGUCCAUCGACCUUGAGGAACAAGACGACUGUCUUUACGAUUAUGUUGAGCUUCGAGACUGGUUGACUAUGAAGUCUUCACACUACUGUGGCCGCGAUCUGCCGAGAUGGGUCGCAUCGAGCAACAAGGCUGUAUUGCACUUCCAUUCGGAUUACAAUACACAAGGCCAGGGGUUUUCUCUAACUUGGAGUGCGGUGGAUUUGACUGGAUGUCCCUCACAGACGUUUACAUCCAAAGAAGGGGUGAUACGAAGCCCGAACUACCCUAACUUCCUCCUUCCUAAUUUGGACUGUACUAUAGAUAUACUGGCUCCAACAGGUAAAAGAAUCUUCCUCAAUAUAAGUUCCUUCGAUUUCGGGUAUGGAUCCUUCGAGAACAGCGUCCCUGUCAACGUGUCCAGCUCAGCAUCAGACGACAACUUCCUAGAAGUGCAGAUCGACCAGCAAAUCUCUCCAGUCCGUCCCUUUGUAAAUGCUAAUAUCCUCACUAACGGUCUAUUCGUUUCAAGUUCAGAACUUCUAAGACUAAGGCUGAGAACAGGAGACAAAGUUUCCGGAAAGGGAUUUCUCGCGCAUUUUAAAACUGUAAACUUCCUGAACGCGACUCACGUGAUUGAGCUACGAGACGUCCGCUCCGGGCGACUGUCCGCGCCGAACUGGCCCGGCCCGGCGCCCGCGCGGUCUACGCUGCGCACGCGGUUGUUGGCCCCGCACGCACACACCCUCACUGCUGCGUUCGCGCAGACCAGGCUAGUAGCGCCACCUGAUGAAACAUUUCCAUGCGGAGAAGGCAAUGGAUGGAUCGAAGUAAGAGACAGCUAUACUGAUAACAAUGGCACCCAAUGGACUCUCUGUGAGAUUGAGAGAGCCAAACGUAAAGGAGAACCGAGCACUCCCCUGGUCAUCCACUCUUACCUUCACUCUCUUACCAUCACGCAAUUUGCUGGUGAUAAAGGGAUCAAUAUGGAUGUAUCUCUAUCGGUCAAUAAAGACCCGGACUAUCACAGUAAGCUGUUGCUCCUGCCAGAUGAAACGAACUUAGAAUCGUGCUACCCAAACCCUUGUCUACACGGAGGACGAUGUGCAUCCGAUGACAUCAAGAACUUUUGCCAAUGUGCUGGAUAUUAUACUGGAGUAUUCUGCCUUUUGACUGCCUGCGAGCGAUCUCCUUGCGUUUUUGGGAAUUGCACCCUCUCCAUCCAAGAGGAUUCGGAAGGUGAAGCUUACAGCUGUAUAUGCGCCCGAGGGUGGCGCGGGCGCCGAUGUGCUGAACGCGUUAGACCUUGCACUUCAAGGCCAUGCAACAACAGAGGAGCUUGUAUCGAACGAGAUGGAGGAUUCCUGUGCCAAUGUAACCCUUCCUGGAAAGGAAAAAGAUGUGAAGUACCAAAUCCAAGCCCAAAAAUCGUUAGUCUCGGUGCCAGAAUGAUUCAGGAGCCUUUCUGGCUUGGCCUCAUCGCCGUGUUCGUAGUUCUGGGUAUCAUCGGCCUCGUCUGGUGCGCCAAGAGGCACUUUCCAGAAAAGAUCGAGAAACUCCUCGCCGAAGAAGCCGACAGAUGUGCCAGACCGAUACUGCGCGAGCCGGCGCCGGCGCCGCACCGCACGCUGCUGACGCGGCUUGGCAUUCGCAAGCCGUCGGUGUCCGGUCUGAGCGCGCAUCCGAGGGCCGCGCGCACCUUUAGCUUGGACGAUCUCUUAAAGCCGCCGCCCGGACGUACACCGUCUCCGCGGAAGAAGAGAAACAAUUCUACCCCAACAAAGAAAAAUGCUGCUGAAAAGAAGCAAAUUUUGCAACAACUCAUUAGUCCCGCGACAGCAAAUGAUCAUUCGAAGAAGAUAACAAUGGGAGAGUUGAUUCAGAUGUCUGAGAAACGAACUCUUAGCACGGUUGAAAGUGCACCGGCUUUCAUGGAGUAUGGAGGUGACAAUCGAGAGACCUCAUUUGCUAGUGAAGCGUCUACUCCAUCUACUUCCCCCUCAAUGAGACACAUAUCAGAUCCAAAGCUGGAAAAGAAAGUAACUUUCGCUAGACUUAUGAACAAGGUCUCGGCAGAAAUGAGCUCUAGUUCUGAAGUGGAUAUGGUGAAUACUAUUGCUAUUCCAAUGGCCGUGAUAGCUAAUAGAGGAGUAAAAGCAAAAGCGUCCAGCACGCCCCCUUCCCCGGGAGUCGAAGUGAGGUCUCCGCACAGUACUUCAAGCAACCAAGGAAGUGAUUCUAUGUCCAGUCUGGAUUUGACUUUAGCACAUGCUGCCUUAAAAAAGUAUUCAAGAACACCGAAGAUAUCUAGCGCAGAUUCUAUACUGGCUAUGUUCCGGAAUUUCUCUUCAUCAUCAGCGCCUAUGGUCUCUAGAGCAUCAUCAGGGGGAGUUUCAAUAUCUAGCACUCCUUCCGCGUCAUCUCCUCAGGAUGACACAGUUGAUGCUGAUGAUAUAUCAAUAGCCUCGUCUCAUAUACCAUCACUUGCGCCUGAUUCACCUGUUUCAAGGCCGCAUAACACUAUAGAGAUUCAGGUUCUAGACCCACUCAGCGCGCACAAAUCGUCAUCCUCUGGCAGCAACCUCCUUCAUCCGCCAUCCAUCCUGCUCGAAGUUCCGAGCGGAAUUAACAAAUGUCUCUCCCCUAUCCGAGAGCUCCCCACUCCUUUACCAACACCCCUCCCGACACCUCUGCCGACCCCUUUACCUUCCCCUCGGAUGCCCAGAGCCUGUAAGAUUGAACCAGAUACGAAAAGUGAUUCGACAGCAACUUGUAUUUCACCAAGUGAAGAUGAGUUGGACGAAAUCAGAAGUGAAUCAAAACCUGAGAGGCCUACUUCUGGAUUGAGAUUGAAACUACGCCAACCAGGACCAAGCACGGAUACGCCAACACCAUCGACCCACGUUACGGACUCUCCAAGUCCAAGCUUCACGCACAGUCAGGAUUCCGAACGAGAAAUGUCUUCACCAUCACCAAACCCACCGGCCUUGCGGGUUCCUAUUCUGACUAUCGAAAGACCCUCCCCAGGAUCCCCGCCUCCCAGGCGAACCCCACCACAUUUAGAACUCCAACCGCCACCUCUGAUAACAGUAACUUAUAAUGCAAGUGAAGAAUCAGACGAACCUAUGUCCCCCAGGCCUCCACCGCCGUCAGGCAAUAUGUGCUACUUAAGCCCUUUUUCCAUGUCUGCCCGCGGUGAACGAGCUCCAUCCGAGUCCAACCUUUCUUCAUCCGGAUACAGCUCUAUGGCCAGUCCUGGUCCUUCAAGAUGCGGAUCAAGCAACCCACUAUGCCCUUCCGAAAUGGAAGACCCAGGCUCCGGAGGCGGACCCUCUUGUUUUCAAAGGAGACGACCGUUGAUGAAAACCAAUUCAAGUCCAGCAACAUCUAAUGAUGAUACAAAUGAAAGAAGGCGUGGUAGGUCCGAUUCAGAAACAUUGUCUGAUGACCCUUUAUUAGAAUCGAAUGAUGAAGGGAUUGGAACUGACGAGAGAGUAGAUGAUGUGCCGUCCAGUGCUAAAGAGAUGGAAACUUUAGUCGUUUUAAAGGAGACAUUAGACGUCCCUAUAUUGUGCUCGCCGAGCGGAGUAACAAAAUGUUCCAUAGUAAAGUGCAUUAGUGUGGAAAGAGGGCUAGAUGAAAAGGCUAGUCUGAGGCCUCCAACGCUGCUGUCGGAUUGCAGUAGACCUCUGAGCCCAGUAAGUUCCAGAAGCGAAAGCCCUUUAAGCGAUAAAACUGGUUUGGGAAGGUUUUCACCGCAAUUUUACGGUCGCCAAUUGCCUUUCACUGAUUCGGACGGACUGUAUGACUUUCCCAGUUCAGAAUGUGUUAAAGGGGGCAGCUGUAAGGGGGGAAGCAGCUCUCAGAGGAAAGCAGGGCGGAGAAGAGACAGGAGAACGAUAAGGACGUCAUCACAUGAAGUGACCGGGACGGCGAAGUCGACACUGCCGCAUAUGCCUCACUCGAUGCAUAAUUUAUUAGAGGUACCAGGUUGUCGGGACUCAAGCACGCGCGGGCGCAAGUCUGGCCGUCGGCGGUCGCGCUCGCAAGCGCCGGCGCCGCCCUCAUCGUCAUCCUCUGAAGACUCCGUCUCUAAUGCGUCAGUCGCCUCUGUCGCGUCUGCCAGAGAACUGAGAGUUGCUACUGACUUGGAGAUGCAGCCUGAGCCGACGCGAUUACGGAAACCGCUACGGAGACAAAAGUGUCGUAGCUCUGAAGACACCACAUCCAAAAUAUCUUCGAGUUUGGACCUCACGGAAGACCAACGAAAACCAGCCAAGGUCAGCAAAUUAAGGACGAUCAGCAAUCAAAUAAGAUUCCUUCGCCGCCUAGAAAGAAGUUUGAAAAUGAAGGAAUCAUACCCAGCACUUUCUGACGACGAGGGUGACGAAUCAUCCAGUGUGACAUCACCCUUACUUCAAGGACGAAAGGACGUCGGUAGACUACCAGCCCAUGCGAUAUCCGCACCUCUACUCGGCGCUGCAAGGCCCAAAAUCACGAGGCAAAGACGUUACGACAAGUCCCUAAUUAGUGAAGAUACGAGGACGUUGAACACAGCGGGGCAAGACAACUCCGACUAAACUUUUGACGACAAUUUCUAGAAAGAAAUUGUAAAUAUUAUAAAAGAAAAGCGAAGUUGAUAUAAAGAAAGAUAAUGAACAAAUAACGUCAAAAAAAUAUUUGACGAUUGCUAAGAUAUAAGUGGAUUUUUGUUUACAAACGAAAAUUCGGAGUGAACGGUUAAUGGCUGUCGCAGUCAAAUUAAUAAUCCGAGUAUACUCAAAAAGUCCACAUUUUGACACAUGUCAUACUGGAAAGUAUACAACAUUCUAAUCUAAUGUGAUAUAUUAUUAUGUAAGAAACAUGAAACAUUAGACAUUUGUUAAUGAGUAGCUGUAAAUGAUAUUAUUGAACGCAUAAAACGAUAUUUAUUUCCUUCAGUUCUCUUUUGGUGUUUAAAAAAUAUAUUUACUGUGAGUGCUUGAAGCUGUAAAUAAUUUACAUAUAGCAAUAAAUAAUUUAUAGAGUGGAAUAUGUAGAUUAAUGUAGUACCUAUAAACUGUAGAAGUAGGGUUCAAAGUUCGAAUGACGUCACUUUGUUUCGAUCUCAAUUGUUAGUUAGAGUAAUUCAUUGUUUUAGCCAUUUCGCUAUUUACUUUUUCGUACUUACUGUGGUUAUCAACUGACUCUGUAAAAAGCUUUUGUAAAUAUAUUUAAACGUAUUGCUCAAAUGCAUAUUUUGUGAAAUCGUUUUUUGCGCACUUUUGCUGUUAUGUAAAUAGGUAAAUGUAAAUACCGGACUCGAGAGAAAAAUCUUUUUCGUGUUUAUUGCAAAAAAUAUUGUAAAUCUUUAGAUUUUAAGUCCAAAAACAAAUGAAAGGCCCAAAAAAAUCGGUAUACCAAUUGCACAAUUACUAUAUACAGUCGUAUAUAUGAAUAUAUGCACGCAAAUUGUAUUUAAGGUAUAAUCUAUAUAUAAAACAUUGAUUAAACCAAAUAAAAAAUAUUAAUUGACGCACCAAUAGAAUAGUUAUUGCAACGUCAUUUAGGUACCUACUCAUUAAAUCGUAUAUCCUUAACUUUAAAUACCUUUAGAUGAACUGUAGCUGAUUCUUAAUUUGACCUGUUACUAAAUACUU